AUGGAUAUAAACCAUGUAUUGGACAAGGAAGCAAUCAACCGUUUCGAACAGUACACAUUGGCAAAACCCUCAUUGAACGGGAGCGUCCCUUUGGACAAGUGCCAAGAUGUGGACUCAGUGGCAUCUAAUAGCAGAAAGAAAACACAAACUUCCCGGCAGAAAGUAGUUUGUUGCUUUUGUUUUAAAACAACCAAGUAUAGACGAAAACAAUUUAUUGUCGGAUCCCUAACGAAUAGUGUUGUAUUUUCUGUAUUAUUGGCGUACACAUUUCUGGGUUCGUUCAUAUUUUUAGCGAUAGAGGGCGGGGUUGAAAUACCAUCGCGUCCAAGGCUUUUACCAGACAAACAAAAGAUCACACAUAGAGUACACAGCAACGAUAGUAAGAAAGAAGUUGAUGAAUACAAGGAUUAUGGAAAUCUAAGCAUGUCGGCUAACUUUUGGGAUGCGAGAAGCAGGGCGGUGGAAAAUAUUUGGGAAAUAACUGUAUCUUUAAAUAUUCUGUAUAGAGAAAAUUGGACGCGUUUGGCCGCAGCGGAGAUUUUAAAAUUUCAAAACGAGUUGAUGCAAAGGGUCACAGCUGAAAUGGCGUCGCAGUAUGGAGUGAGCUAUAAAGAAAUGGCUUUGGGCGAAUUUGGCGAGAGUGAAUUCAACAAUCAUUAUGAAGAGCAUGACUGGAACUUGGCACUGGCUUUUUUCUACUCAUUGACUGUUUUAACAACUAUUGGAUACGGUAAUAUUGCGCCGAGAACUAUGCUGGGGAAAGGAAUCACUAUUUUAUACGCGCUAAUUGGAAUUCCUCUGACACUUGUAUACCUUUCAAGUGUCGGCUCUUUACUCUCUAAAAUGGCUCGAAGUGUUUUCAGUCGAGCAUUAUGCUGUUGUCUUUGCUCAAACUGUGGCUAUUGUUGCUACGAUGAACGACGAAUGGCAGAGAAAGAACGACGAAUGAAACUCAAACGACAACAAGAGGAAAUGAUUAACAGUCAGAACUCAAGUAAAACCCCAACAGAAGAAUGCUACGUUUUGAAAACUGAUAGUCAAAAAGACUCAUCACUCUCUGAUAGACCAACUACUAGUACAGCUAAAGAUGAUGUUAUUAGUUGGCCUGAUACAGAUUCUAAAUUAUCUAUGCACGGUUUAAGUAUAUUAGCCCCUGUUUUAUUGUGUUUAACGGCAAUUUUCGUUUACAUCUCCUUAGGAGCGAUUGUUCUAUAUAAAUUGGAUGAUAUGAGUUUAAUAGAUGGCUUUUAUUUCUGUUUUAUGGCACUAAGCACAAUAGGAUUCGGUAAUAUAAUACCAGGAACUAGCUACACCACCAUUAAUGGUGUCAGAUAUUACACAAUUAAUUCAACUGUAUUGUGGUUUUGCUCUGUGUACACACUUACUGGACUCGCGUUGACAGCUAUGUGUUUCGGAGUUAUUCACGACGAGAUUAUUUAUAGGAUAAAACAUCAACAAAAAGAGUGGUCGCAAAAAGGUAACACAGUCAACGACGAGGUUAACGUUACGGAUCCAUUUUAUAUGAGCUCCUGA